CGAUGGCGCACCAGCUCGCGAGUCGCCCACGACACCCAGGCGCCCGCACACCAUGCCGCUGCUACGGCGCAAGAUCCGCUGCCACUUCUGCAACCAGCAGUCGUCGCGCGACGGCGGCGGCGGCGCGACGGCGCGCUCGUACCUGUGCCCGCAGUGCGACGCCGUCAACUACUUCGACGAGGUACCCAGCCCGCCUCCCUCGGCGGCCCUGCACAGCGCAGGCCGCCGCGCAGCAGUGGAAGCGCUCGCGACUGACCCCAUCUCCAGCGCGGGAACAUUACCGACCCGCCCGCCGACGACAUGGCAACCGCGCCCGCCGCAGCCGUCCACUACGCCAACCCAGCCGCGGCCGUCCACUACGGCAACCCAGCAGCGGCCGCCCACUACGGCAACCCAGCCGCAGCGCGCUCCUCGUCGCCCGCCAUGCCCCCCGAGCCCGCCGCGCUGUUCUGCAGCAGCUGCCAGCGCAACCAGCUGCUGCUGAACAAGACGCUCGCCGAAUACCUGCCGGACGAAGACGACCCCGACUACGCGCAGUACCUCGCCUCGCUGGACGCGUACCGCAGCGAGCUCGAGGACCGCUACCCGCAAGUCUGCGCGCGCUGUCUGCCCCGCGUGCAGGACCAGAUCCGCGCGGCCGGAUACGCGGCGAAGGCUGACCACCUCCGUCGCAUGAUGGACCGGAGCAGGGAGCACAGCAGGACGGCACACACGUCGCGGCAGGCCUGGACGCUGAGGGCCAUUGCGCUGGCCAAGUGCGUCUACAUUGGCAGCGUCCUGGUGGGCUUGCUGUGGCACGCCAUGGGUCUGACCAUGGCGUCGUACGACCGCAUAGACAUGGACGAGGACGUUUCCUGGCGCACGUGUCUGGCGCAAGCUUUCUCGGUGCACCGCGCGAGCCAGAGCUGCGUCAUGUCCGCGUACGGCCUGGACGUGCUGCAGGGCUCGCUGGUCGCCGACUGGCUGACCGUCUGGUGGAACCCCAAGCUGGCGAGCAAGACAAACACCAUUGCCGGCCGCAUGCGCGGGCUCAAAGCUCUGUGGUCGAUCCGCACGCUCGUGCUGCUGCUGCGGACCGCUACCUUUGUGCACUGGAAGCUCGCGCCUGUGCACUCGUGGACGGUCCGUGUGUUCCACAACACCAACCUCGUUCUGCUCGUCGCCAUGACCCUCUCCUUUGCCCUCACCUGGCGCACCGUCCGCAUAGUCUACACGCCCGUCGCCCUGCCCGAGGAAACCUACGUGCCCAGCGCGCCCAGCACACCGCAGCGUCCCAAGUCCAGCUACAAGCCCGCCCGCCCGCACAUGUCCACCUUCGACACCAUGGCGCAGGGCUUCACCUCCAGCUUCGCCGUCGACUCGGCCAACGCACUGCCGCCCUCGCCCACCCUCACCGAGGCUUCCACCGCCUCCCGCUACACCGAGUUCACCACACCCGCCCGGAAGUCUGUGUACCAAGACGACACCAUGGACUGGACCCCGACCGCGCGCCGCUUCGCCCCGUCCGCGGCGGACAUUCUGCCGCCGCAAUUCGGCUCGCGCAGCGCCGCGCCGCCCCGCUCGCCCGAACCCGUCAGCCUCUUUGCGAAGCCAGACCCCAAUCCCUUCCGCCACAAGGUCCCCGCCGCGCCCAGGGCGCCCGCGCACGCCCGCGCCGACCCGUGGAAGCGCGCGCCGUGGCAGCCGCCGCUGCAGGACACGCUGCCCAAUUUCUUCCAGAGCAGCACGGCUGGGAAAGCUGGGCGAGUCAGCAGCACCGGCAAGACAGGAAGCGGCGACCAGGCCAGUGACAAAGGCGAGAGUGAGACGGAGACAGAGGACGGCGGCACCGGCCUCGAGGGCUUGGGCGUGCCGAGGAACGUGCAGCGCGACGCCGACCUGUUUGCCACGCCCAAGCUCAAGUACGACUACUACGGCACCAUGAAGGACACCGGCUUGGAGGAUACCUUUAAUUCUCUGUUUUCAAAGUAGCAUCCUGUCCAAACAGCACUUGUCGAUGCAGCAUCACAUUACAGACACUGCCUGGAUACUCAUCAGUCAAUUCUCAAGCCGUCAUGACUUUUCACAUGCCUCGACACAUUGAACAUCCCCAAUGCCCUGUCCAAACAGCACUUGAAUCAAUGCAGCACUUGAAUCAAUCAGCAUCACAUUAGACACUGCCUGGAUACUCAUCAGUCAAUUCUCAAGCCGUCACGACUUUUCACAUGCCUCGACACAUUCAACAUCCCCAAUGCCCUGUCCAAACAGCACAUUAGUCAAUCAGCAUCACAUUGCACACUGCUUGGGUGCUCAUCAGUCAAUUCUCUAACCGACAAGCCGUCAUGACUUUUCACAUGCCUCUCGACACGCUGAAUAUCCCCAAUGUAAAGACUCCGGUAAC